CACACAGCUAAGUGUUAGCACAGCAGCUAACUGAGACACAACGUCUAACUAUUACUUAAAAUAACAUUGUUGGCAUCGUUCCGAACCCACUGAUUAAUGAGGCAACCGUCGCCGGUCUGACCCCUGACUCGUUCCCCGCAGCGCUCAGCGGGCUCACUUGUCACUGUUUAGCUGUUUACCGUUAGCCAGCUCAGCUAGCUAUGUACGUAGAGCUCAACAGCAUCCUGAACUCAACUCCGGACACUUUCACUCAGGGUGAAUUCAUCCUGGUGUCGGACAGACGGAGCGAUGCCUCGUUUCUCAUUCACCACUUUCUCUCUUUUUACCUACGAGCGCGGUGCAGAGUGUGUUUUCUGGGCCUGGUGCAGUCGUUCAGUCACUACAGUGCAGUCAGUCAGAGGCUGGGUGUAAGUCUGACACAAGCAAAGGAGAAAGGUCAGCUGAUAUUCUUUGAAGGACUGAAGGAGUCGCUGUCUGUUUUGGUUCCUCGAGAUGCUAAUGGAGCAAGUCCAGCCAUUAACUUCCUCAGGGAUCCCUCUGUCGGCCUGCGGAGCUUAUAUGAGUUCGUCCGUUCCAGUCUGAGCAGCUUUAACAGUAGGGAAAAGGCGGCAGAUGGGGCAGAAGAGUGGGGACCUCCAGUGCUGCUGGUGGAUGAUCUCAGUGUUCUCCUGAGUUUGGGAGUCAGCGUUGGGGCUGCGCUGGACUUCAGCCACUACUGCAGCGCCACCGUUUGCUCACAGCUACAGGGGAACAUGGUGAUGCUUGUACGUUGCGAUGGGGAGGAGGAGGAGGAGGAUGAAGGCUCAGACAGACUACUGAAGGGUUUAACCCACCAGUGCAGCCUCAGUCUUCAUGUGGAGGGUCUUCCAACCGGCUACUGUAGGGACAUACACGGACAGGUGGAAGUGUGUUGGAGGAAGAGACGAGGAGAGGGGCUGCACACGCAGAAGAAGCUUUUUCAGUACAAGGUCCACGACAAAGGAGCCUCCUUCUUUGCUCGUGGGACCUCCAGCACUGUUCUGUAGCUGCACAUUCAUCAGGUUUGCUUGUGACACAGUGGAGGAACCACAUCAUUCUGUUAUCUGGGUCCGGCCUGGUACCAGACCGCAGCCACCUACCGGAUGGUUUUCAGCAAUUAAAGAAGAAACUGUCCUGUAUAUGAAAAAUGAAUAAUCGUUGUGCACCUGAAUGGACCUGCAUUGCCAAUAAAGCACAAAUAGACAAUGAA